AUGGAGCCGGGCGAUGUGACUGGUGGGACGGAGGCUCUGCCGGUGCCGGUGUGCGGACCCUGGGAGGAAAUGGAUGCGUUUGAGUACACACCAGAGCUGCUGGCAGGACCUGGAACCGAAGAAGAUCCGGGAGAAGUGACCAUCCGUGGCUGUGAGUGCCGCGAUAACAGCUGCUGUAUGCCCGAGACCUGCACAUGUCUGCCGCACGGAGCGAACUAUGCGAACCGCACCAUUUUAGACAACCAGAGGCCUAUCCUGGAAUGUAACAUUAUGUGUCAGUGUGGGGAGGCCUGUCCCAACAGAGAAACACAGACAGGGCUGCAGUUUCGGCUUAAAGUGCUUAAGCUUCCCGGGAAAGGCUGGGGACUGCUCACGGAGGAGGACAUCCCAAAGGGCCGGUUUGUAUGUGAAUACGCAGGGGAGGUUCUAGGCUUCGAAGAGGCCAGCCGCAGGAUCCACUCCCAGAAACCCAGCGACAACAACUACAUUAUCGCGAAAGUUUAAAGGAAUACACGCGGGAGGCUCUUCUUAUUUCAUUCUGCUUCUCAUAGUGUACGAUGGCCCAUCCGGACCGGGCUAUUCUGCGUCUGCAGCACAUCGGAA